UUGCUAACAGCAAAUCCGCUCAAUGAACGAAAAAUACAACGACAGUAUACAAAUUCAUCAAAUACCACUGAACAAGAUGAAUUUACAUCCGAAGAACUUCAAGAAUUCGCUCAAGCUUUUAAGAUGUUCGAUAAAGAUGGCAAUGGAACAAUGAAUAUCAAAGAACUUGGAAUAGCAAUGAGAAUGUUAGGAUUAAAUCCAACCGAAGAGGAAUUAUUGAAUAUGAUUAAUGAAUAUGACGUUGAUGGUAAUGGAAAAAUAGAUUUUUUUGAAUUCUGUAAGAUGAUGAAAGAAAUGAACAAGGAAACUGAUCAAGAAUUAAUACGUUUGGCUUUUAAAGUCUUUGAUAAAGAUGGAAAUGGUUAUAUUACUGCACAGGAAUUCAAGCAUUUUAUGACGACGAUGGGUGAAAAAUUCAGCGAAGAAGAAGUGGAUGAAAUAAUAAAGGAAGUUGAUAAAGAUGGAGAUGAACAAAUAAAUUAUGAAGAAUUUGUUCAAAUGAUCGCUCCAAUUGUUCACGAUGAUAGUAAAAAUGAUCCAUUUGCUGAAUCAGUAAAAGAUUUCGAUGCUGAAAAAUGA